CACGUUGAAAAUGUCGAAAUUGAGUUUGAUUGUGUUGUCAGUGUUUGCUGUCGCAUUUGUCGCAGCCCAAGAACCACAAGUUCGUAAUGAAUACAACAACAACGACGGAAGCGGCACCUUUGAAUUCUCAUAUGAAUUGGACAAUGGCCAAUUUUUCCAAGAAGCCGGAAAGCUUAAUGAAAAAGGUGCUCAAGAAGUAGCUGGUCAAUACUCGUUCCAGGGAAAUGAUGGCCAAACAUACUGGGUGAAAUAUACAGCUGAUGAAGAAGGUUUCCACCCAAUCGUCGGUGCUGGUCCAGGCGGUCCAGAUGCUAUCGACCCAAAUGCGUUGAAAUCAUUGGUUGGUUAGAUUAGAACUCAAUAGUUUCAUAGAUUUAGAACAUGUUGAAACUUUUUGUAUGUGGUGCUUCCGAUCCAAACCAAGCGGGUCUGCCACAAUUAUUUCAAAUUGUAGAUAACAAAUAAAGAAAA